AUGCCAGCGAUACGCCCACACAAACCUUCUACGUAUUCUCAGCUGCGGAAACUUGCCCGUGGUAUCUCUCAUGAGUUGAAAAGGAGAGAUUCCUUUUAUUAUGGAGAUGAUGGCUCGGAUGCUGCAAGGUAUGCAUUUUUUGCCUUUGCAGUUGUUGCUCUAAUAUUGUUUAUCUUUUUCACAUGUGUUGUCAACAAAAGGAGACUAAGGACUGGUAGAUCACCCAUUAUUUCGUCCUAUCUAGCGCCUCCGAAUUAUCAGCAAUCUCAGUCGCAAUAUAAUGCAAAUACAACUGGUGGUGCAAACUUGCCUACGUAUACUCCCAAUGCCAAUCCUUCUCAAGAUGUAGGGUACUACGAUAAAAAUGGUAAUUUUAUACCGGCUAUUAAAGACUCUCAGGGCAAUGUCUUGAAUCCCAACCCCGAUCUUGUCAAUAAUUCGACAAUCAACAAUACUGGUGUUGAGUUGUCAACCGAUAUCCCCACAGCUCAUACCCAACCUCCUAAUAUUUAUGAACCACAGUCAACUAAUGACAUGACUUACACAAGACCCAAUGGCCCUCCUCCAACUCAAACAUAUAAUACGUCGCCUAUCCAAAUGGGCACUUCUUCUAGUAAUAUGAAUGAACUUGAUGACGAUCCUGAAUUGCCCCCUUACGAAGCACCACCCUUACCCGAGAAGAGUCACUAUAGAGCUUGA